AUGCCACGAGCGACUACAGAUCGCUUUUCGCGGGCACAUCAAUCUUCUGCAAAGCAAAGUUCAUCAAAGGCCUCUGGGGAUACAAAUGGAGUCCGAAAUCCGAUUUUCAACACUGAACGAUUUGGUCAGCAUAUCCUUAAGAAUCCACUGGUAGCACAAGCUAUUGUAGAAAAGGCAAAUUUGAGGCCUACAGACAAAGUACUGGAGGUCGGGCCUGGGACGGGUAAUCUGACUGUACGAAUAUUAGAGAAGGCGAAACAUGUUACUGCAGUGGAAAUGGACCCGCGGAUGGCAGCUGAGCUGACGAAGCGUGUGCAGGGAAAACCUGAACAACGCAAGCUCGAAAUCAUGAUUGGCGAUUUCGUCAAGGCAGACCUACCAUACUUCGACGUCUGCAUCUCCAACACUCCCUACCAAAUCUCAUCACCUCUCGUCUUUCGGCUACUAUCACAUCGUCCACUAUGUCGUGUCGCAAUUCUUAUGUUCCAACGAGAGUUUGCGCUUCGGCUUGUCGCUCGGCCGGGGACGGCGUUGUGGUCACGGUUAUCUGCGAACGUCCAGCUUUACUCCAAAGUGGAUCAUAUUAUGAAAGUUGGCAAAAAUAAUUUCAGGCCUGCUCCUCAGGUCGAGUCCUCCGUAGUGCGCAUUGUACCGCUUGACCCACCCCCUCCUGUUCGUUUUGAGGAAUUCGAUGGCCUGAACCGUAUUAUCUUCGGGCGACGGAAUAAGACUGUGCAUGCGACCUUCAUGGCUAGAGGUGUUGUGGAGAUGCUGGAAAAGAAUUGGCGAACAUGGUGUGCGGAGCAAAAUAUUAUUGCUACUGACGACGUUGACAUGAAAUCACGAAUAGAAAAGGUCUUGACGGAGACGGGAUAUACUGAAAAUCGAGCUGCGAAGAUGGAUAUUGAUGAUAUACUAAAGCUCCUCGCUGCAUUCCAUGAUAUUGGUGUACACUUUGCAUAGAAACUGCCUCUUCCAACUUUUUGUAGCAUUCCUGUGUACUCCCCUGUUGUUUCCG